CACCUUUGCAGUGACGUAAACUUCCUGCGACAGUCCACAGGGAGGCAUCAUGGCGGCGGCUAAUGGGAAGAAGCGUGGUCUUGAACAUUUGGACGAAUAUGAGCCUAAACCAGCCAAGCAUCUCCGCAGUCUGCACGACCGCAUGGCGGAGAGGAGGCUGGUGGUUAUUCUGGAGGGUGCGUCGUUAGAGACGGUGAAGGUCGGGAAAACAUUUGAGCUGUUAAAUUGCGACCAACACAAAAAUAUGAUCAUCAAAAGUGGAAGAGAUCCCGGAAAAAUAAGACCAGAUAUCACACAUCAGUGUUUGCUCAUGCUGAUGGACAGUCCGUUGAACAGGGCGGGGCUGUUGCAGGUUUACAUCCACACAGAGAAAAACGCUUUAAUCGAGAUCAACCCGCAGACCCGCAUCCCAAGAACAUUCACACGCUUCUGUGGCCUUAUGGUUCAGCUGCUGCACAAACUCAGUGUCAGGGCUGCUGAUGGUCCUCAGAAGCUCCUGAGGAUGAUUAAAAAUCCAGUGUCUAAUCACCUACCUCCUGGCUGCCCUCGUAUCAGCACCUCCUUCUCUUCGGGAGAGGCCGUGUGCCCACGGACUUUGGUACCAGAGGGACCAGCCGCAGUGGUGAUUGGAGCAUUCGCACAUGGAGCGGUUAACGUGGACUACACAGAGAAGACAGUGUCCAUCAGUAACUACCCCCUAUCUGCAGCACUGACCUGUGCCAAGAUAUCCUCUGCCUUUGAGGAGGUGUGGGGCGUUCUGUGAUGGAUAAAGUGCUGAUGCUGACUGGAAAGAGACAGUUGACUACAUGGACCUUAUUUCAGUGGACUAGAAACACUGGACUGAAUGUCCAAUGAUGCCCAAUGUUCAAUCCUGUUAUACGUAAUCGAUGGCA